UCACUCAACGUGACCGAGCAACGAAAGCAAAGUUAGCAACGAAAAGGCCCUUUCGUCGAUCCGUAAUUACAUUAAUGCUCACACAAAAACAAAAUGGCCGCGUGGUGUUCCCUCGAAGAGCCAUGUAAGCGACACCGCCAUGGUUUCCUUCUCCUAUUGGGCCGCAGCAGCAGCCGAGGUGACAUCCUGUGUUGAAGCAUGGAACUGUGAUGUUGAAAGCCGUCUGCCAAGUAGUAAGUUCCUCGAGGUUUUGUGGAAGAAGUCUUGCUCGGGAUGAACAAUACCGGCGCUGAACCCAAUCUGGAAAGGGCCCGCCGAGUUUCUACAGCAGUUCGUCUAUUCACCAGUAUCCUUUAUUCCUCAAUCAAGAUAAUGUUUGGCUUAUAUCUUGAAUGGAUGAUUAUGGUCAGCCAUGAAACAAUCUCAAUUUCCUUGGCCGCUAUCUGCAGAGUCAUGAUAGAUAGCCUUGGCUUCCAGGAAAAAGCAGCAAGGCAAUCAAAAGUACCAUCCGCUUAUUUGAUGCAGCUUAAACGAUGCAUGAAGAAUCAUCUGAAAGAGAUCCUAUAUCUGUUCAUUCAUCCUCUUGUGAGGUGGAAGGUAGCUGUCAUGGGGAAAAAAAAGAAGAAAAGAGUAGGGAUAUCUGCAGUACAGCAUGCAUAAACUAAUUAAGCCACAAUGAUUACACAACAUGAGAUCUCCAACCCAAUUUUGCAUGCCAAAACAAACCCAGACUGAAGUUGGUCAUUAAAUUUGUCUCAUCAGUUGCUGCUGCUACUCUGAUGCAUUUUAUCCUUGAUACAACCAUCUCCUUUCUAUUCUGGAAUGGAUGGGAUCAUGGGUUGUGUGAACCAGUUAAAUUUCCAGUACUUUGUUAAGCUUUAUAUCAGAUUCAUUUCUCUUUUAUGUUCUUUAUGUCUAAAUUACAUGAGUCUUCUUUUUUCAUUAUUAAGCUUUACACAUAUUCAUUUUUUUUAUUUACAUUAAAAAUAUUUAAAGUUCCUUUUAUUGUUUUUAGUAAAGUGAUACUAAAUCUCCUUGCCAAAUUGCCAUUACCUAGAUUAUGAAUAUAUGCACUUGAAAUUAAAUUUAUGGUCAUUUUCUUUUUCUCUGUUUUUGAGAAGAACAUUGCACAUCAGUUUCAAGUUAUUAUUAACCACAAUUAUAAAGUACAAGUAAUAUCAUCUUCGACAAGUAGCCAUUAAAUUAGACAUCACUUUGUUGACCAGGUAGGACCAACAUGAAAUAAAGACCUUGACAUAAACAUGAUUAGAUUCCAUUCUUAACCAACCAAGGUAUCAGCAAGUUUAGUUAGUAAAGACUUUGACAAUUUAUCACAUGAUCCUAACUCCCAUUCAACCUUCGUCAUUUGUCUUUUUUUUUAAAAAAAACUUGAAAUAAACUUAGCCACUAAUCAACACCAAUCAAAGUUUAUUUUUUCUCUCUCUAAUAUUCUAUUAAUACAUUAGCUUAUUGCUACUUAGGAGCAUGUCAAUAAUGUGCUACACUUAUGAGACUCUUAAAGGCUUGUCAAUAAUAUGUGCUACACAUAUGAGACUUUUAAGGCUCAACUCUUUGGCAAUUGUGUCUACUUUACACCGCAUCUAAAAUUCUAUUUAGCAAGAACAAUCCAAUGCACAAUAAUCCUGAGAGUUUGAGGAGGGUUACUUUAAAUUUCUUUGUUUGAAAAUAAAAGUAAAUGAAUGUUGAAUAUGCAUGGCUUAGCUAAGUAAGAUGCCUUCAAUCAUUAGAUCAUUGUGCAAAAAAAAAAAUCAAUCAAUUAUUUUGGAAGGUAAAAAUUUUAGUACAUUAUAGUUGGAGUUAUAAAAGGAAAAGGUACAAGUUGAGUAAAGAUGAGAGACAAUGAUUUUUUUUUUACUAUCAUUUAUUUUUAUUGUCUAUUAAUUUUACCAAAUUGUUAGAGUUUAUCAUUACCUAACUGUGUAAUUAUGUAUGAAAAGUUUGUAAAGAGCACUAUACACAUGAUCUACUCUCACUUUUCAUAUUAAUCAUUUUAUAUUUCUGAAAAAAUAAUCACCAUAAAAUUGAGUUGAUUAAAUAGAUAGGCUACUGAGAUGUAAAUGAUGAAUAUAAUUUCUAUGUAGGCCAUGUUGCACACAAAAGUCUUCCUCCAAAAACAAAAAAAAAAAAAUUAUUUGAUUUAUAUUUGACUAGAACACAUAAAAGAUAUACCUGAAAUAUUAAUUUAGUAGUAACAUACUUUACUCAAUUAUGUUAGAUUCAGGAUUCUCUUACAAUUUUUUUUUAUUUAGAAUAUUAGUUUCAUAUUAUAAAUUUUGGAUGAAUAUUUUUUAUUAUAGUAGGAAAUGUUUAUACAUUUAUUUUUUUUAUCCAAGACCAUUCUUGUGACUUAGGAAUCCAUAUCUCGAUUAAUUUUCAUUUCAAUCAUCUAUUUAUUUUUUAUAAAAAUAUUUUUUAUGAUUAAUUAAUUAAUUAAUUAAUUAAUUAAUUAUAAUUCCGAAAAUAGAUAUUAAUUUCCCAAAAGAAAGGUUGCCACAUUAUCUGAUAUUGUUGAAUCUUUUGAAGCCUUUCUCUGUUUCUAAUGUGUGAAGAAAAAAGUCAUUUAGGAUACGUUUGGGAAUACAUUUAAAAUAUACAUUAAGAGCCCAAUGAAUAUUUGAAAUGUGAUUUCCAAUUGCAUUUAGUCUAAAUACAAUGUUCAAAUAUCGAUGCUAUCUUACGAGAGCAUUAACAUUUUAGUAUAAUUUUUUUAAAUUUGAUAGUAUUUUAUGACUGUAUCUAAAAUUAUAUGAUUGUCAAAAUGAUUUAGUGAAAAAUUAAUAUGAUUUUUUUUUUAUUUUUAUAAAGGUGAUUUUUUAUUUAUUUAUUCUUAAAAAUUAUUUUAUAUGUAUUUAUAUGAUUAUGUUUUUAUUUAUUAUAUAUUUGGGCCAUAUGAAAUUUUUUUAUAAGAUUACAUAUAUUUUCAUUUAUUUAUUUUAU